AACUCUCUUCUCGGUGUUUGGAAAUGUGGUCAAACACGGUCUUUCGUGUUUGAUAUAUUACUUGAUUUUAGAAUUACCCAAGUUAUAAGGUCUUUAAAUAUUUUAUUAUUGGCUAUGACUUGCAAAAUAGCAGAUGUGUAAAGGGUAUGAUCUUGCUUUCGACAAAGAUAUCAAAUAGUUUUAGUAAGAAAGGAGGUCGCGUAUUCUUUAGGUUCAAAAGGUCUAUUCUUGUUUUUUUGUGAAAAGUAUUUAAAUUUGUAGAAUAGAAUAGUUGAGCUGUAAAAGAAAUAAAAAAAAUUCAUUUGAAAGCGAAUUUUAGGCCGGCCUGGUCUACAAUUUUCUCACUAAUCAUUGAUUAACCUUUCGAGUUCCGACUUUUUUCCCACCUCUUCCGAAGUUACGUCAUUCAGAUCAGGCUUGUAACGCACUUGGACGGAACAAGUUAUCCACUAUUCUUUGUUCUGUGAUGAACAAUACAACCACAGAAAACAGAAAAUUAUUUCACUUGUCGGUACUAGCAACGACAGUUCCUAAGGAACUUUAAAAAUUAAACAGUUUACAGCUUUUCUUUUGUUUUAAAAGACCACGUCCGCUUUCAAUUUGACGAUUGUUCGCUCAAAAUGAAAUUGGUGUGCUUCGCGUCAUGGCGGCGGUGAACGAAAAUCAAAACGAGGAAAAUAUGAGAAAUUUCUUUUGUUCCAAAUUUCUCCGCGUGAACAGAAAACUUCUGGUGUCGAAGGUGUUUUAUUUUUGUUACUGGGGAGCUGUUGGUUCGUUUUUUCCUCUACUGGGAGUGUAUUUCAAGCAACUAGGAAUGAACCCGAGUCUAAGCGGCAUUCUAGUCGGUUGUCGUCCAAUGGUAGAGUUCUUCAGCGCACCUUUGUUGGGAUCGCUAGCCGACAGACUGAACAAACGGAAAAUGCUGAUGAUAUUUUCCUUGAUGUGUUGGAUAUCUUUUAAUUUCUCCCUGGCUUUUAUAAAACCGGCACCAGUCACGUGUAGGAAAUAUUUCAUUCUGACCGAAAAUGUUUCGCAAAUUGUCACUGGAGAAACUUCAGAGAUCAGAGAUUUCCUCGCGCCCAACACUCCUGACAAGAAAGAACCCGAGUUUAAAGCGAAAAGUUCAUUGGUCUUUGACAGCGAAGGAGUACAUCAAGUGUUUUUAGUCCUACUCUUUCUAACCGUGGUUGGAGAAUUUUUCUCGGCUCCAGCUAUAACACUAGCUGACUCCGCUACACUUGGAAUGCUUGGAGAGAACAAAGAGCUUUACGGGCGACAGCGUAUGUGGGGGAGCCUGGGAUGGGGCACCGCCAUGUUUCUUCUUGGUUUUGUUAUUGAUAGCAUCAGUGGAGUUGAAGUUUGCGGCGAAAUUAUCAGCCAGAAUUACACCGUCGGCUUCUAUUUCUUCUUCGUUUUCAUGGUGUGCGCUUUGACUGUUGCCACCCGUUUUACCUUCCCAAACAAAGAAAAAUUAGCACUCGACGAAGAACUUGUGGACAAAGGAUCCGGAUUGUAUCGUAUUCUCUUGUCAUUUCGUUACGGGACAUUUUUGCUGGUGACAUUCUUCUUAGGUUUCGGAGUUGGUCUUAUUUUCACGUUUCUCUUUUGGCAUCUCGAAGACCUCGGUGGCCCGCCGACUCUGUUCGGGAUAGCUUCGCUAAUCGAUCACAUUUCGGAAAUCGCUUGCUAUUUCAAUGUGGGUCGCCUCAUUGGGUGUGUCGGUCAUAUUCGCGUCCUCUACAUUGGUCUUUUGGGGAAUUUAAUUCGCUUUGUUUACAUUUCUUUUCUUGACAAUCCGUGGUUAGUGCUUCCUCUUGAAAUUUUGCAAGGAAUGACUCAUGCCGCAGUAUGGGCAGCUUGUACGAGCUACGUGGGUCGUAUUGCUCCCCCCGGAUACGCAACCUCCGCUCAAGGCAUUUUACAAGGAUUGCAUCACGGCUUAGGGAGGGGUUGUGGGGCAAUAAUAGGAGGGGUGCUAAUUCACAAGUUUGGCACCAAAAUCACAUUUAGAGCUUAUGGAAUUUCCAGUCUCGUGGUCUUGGUCUUGUUUGCAGCCGUUCAAAAGAUUCUUGGAUCGGACGGGAGAAUAACAAAUGGAGAGAGACCGAAUCAGUUGGAUGUGACGACCAAGGCCAAACAGAGCCCCAACAACAGCCCUGAGGUUGAUUCGCCACCUUCCGUCGUGGCUCCUCUUAUGCCAGGGUUAUUUUCGCACAGAAAUUCUGGAGAUCCUAAAAUUGGAGUCGUCGGAAGGCAUAUCCAGCCCAGAAGUACCACAAGCUGAGAUGGAUUCCUCCUUAGGAACCGUGUGGGAUUCUGGACACCAGCUACACCGCAAAACCGUAUGACGUGUGUUUUACUGCCGAGGCCGUUGCGGUUCCGUAAAUGUAAACAAAGCCUAAAUCUUUUUUGAAAAAAAAUAAAAUAAAAUAAAUAAUGUUAAAAACUCCCCAAGCAAUAUUGAUUUUAGGGUCCGAGAUGUCCCAGGAACAUUUUGUGAAAACGUACGUCUAUUCCCCUUCCCUCGGUGGCCGCCGGGCGCUAGUAGAACCCCACUCGUUAAAAGAACAGGGGGGAAUCGAAAUGUUCACGCAAUCAAGCUGCUUUGAUCAGCAGAGUAGUAUAACUUCACGUGCACGGUGCUCCAACUCAUGAGCUAUGACUGCCGUAGCUACAGAAGCGCCGUGAAUGAACUGAUUAAAAACAAAACACACACAAACAAAAAAAGUAGCCAGCGUUAUGAUUGGCUCUAGUAGUUUGUUUCUUUUUACCCAGUUGUACAACAGGUAGAACUGAUCCAAGCCACUGUUAUGAUAUAAUACUGAUAGCGUGUUUUGUUUAAAAUAAAGUACAUACAGGAGCACCUGGUACAUGAAAUUAAGCAGUGAAUGUCUUUUACUUUUAAGGGACCAUCUAAUUAUACAAUAGUAUAUCUAUCGAGGGCUUCUAGGCCGAUAGUUGCCCGCGAAAAUGUUGUGUGUCCUAAAAAAUAAAUAGUAAAGUUCGAGUGUUUAUUGCCCGUUUUUACGCUACGUAAAUAAAAGUAAAAUCGGAACCAUUGAAUAAAAGAAGUCAAUAAUUUGAAACGUUAUAGAAAAUUAACAAUUAAAUAACGAACUUCUCCAAGUCUUAGGUCUGUGAUAUAGUCCGGCUGCUUCAGUUAUCUGAUGUCUUUUCUGAUCCCAAUUGCAUGCAACACCGUUUUUUUUUUUGCCGACAUAGGGGUUGUAGCCAGUAACAGGCAAGCUGAGGCGUUUCCCUUUGACUUUUUUUUUCGUUUUUGUUGUUUUUAUUCACCAUCAACAUCCUAAAUACCUAGUAAGAUAAUUUAACCAUGAAUAUUUCCCUGGAUACUAAACCAUUUUUUCCGAUUUCAAAACCUGUUUUUGCCGCUCUCAAAACCGGUCAUCUAUGAUCUCAAAACCUUUUUUUCCGAUCCCAAAACGCACUUUUUUUGUGAUCUCAAAACCGGUUUUUGCCCAUCUCAA